AUGGCAGACUUUUGUCUUAAUUGGCCGAAUCGAGGGGUAUGGCUCAAUCCAGAAGAGGUACCGGAGAGCAGCGACACGGAUCGCUUGAGUGCCUCCAUGAACAGCCGUGCCGUUGAUAAAAUACUGAUCAUACUCAGACUCUUAAUCGCAUUUGGAUAUCGCUUGGAUGGCGAAUCCUCAAGCACCCCGGCAGAAAAGGAAUUUCACGACUGCGCUUGGCUUGACAUUGGACGGGACCAAAUCGAGGAUUGUAAAAUAAAGCGACCUGUGUUUGAGCAGCUCGAACCCACACGAGCAGCAGAAGAUCCUUUCAGGAUUUGGAACUUUUGGGAACUUCUUCACCACCCUUUGCUACACAAUCUGUUCAUUGAGAGUAAACAACUUACUCUUCACGAGAACAAUGUCAUUGCUGUCCGCUAUCCAGGCGACUCCUUUUGGAAGGUUGAGGAGACGGACUUCCCAGCCUAUCCUACGAUGAUCAAUUACAAUGGCGUUGGAACUUUGGGGGAUUGCAUUUCCUCCACCUUUGAAGCCAAGCGGUUUCGUAACGGUAAGUUACAACUACGCCUGGGUAAGCGACCAAAGUUUUUGAUGGUCCGCUACACUAACGAGGGCGUUUCGCAGAAAGGAAUCUCCGACUUCAGGACCGUCGAAUAUCCCUGUCCCUUUCGCAUCAAAACAAAUGAGGAUCAGUAUCUUGUCGAGCAGACGACAGCAGUGAACAAUCUCCUCGCGGUGGUCCGGGUAUCGGAAGGGGAAGAGGAUGAACGGAUCCGCACAUAUCACAAGGAUGGUAGCGAGAUUACUCCGGCACAGAUUGGCCAGUUCCGUGGCAAAGAACCAAAUCCAGAAGAGGCACACCUGUGGAGCAUCAAAGAGCCGGGUUGCUAUAUUUUAUUCUACUACACAGUGGACCUAGCCGAGGGGCAAGAUAAUUGUGAGAUUGUUGUGGACGCACCAGAGUCUAUAUGCAGACCAUGGUGUAAAGGCAAGUCCAAGGGAAGGGACUUUCCUCCGCGAAGCAGUUCUGGCCUGACCAAGAGUUCAGAAACAAAUGAUGCCAGUCAAGCAUCCUAG